CGUUUCAGCGGUAAUUAGCACAUUCUUUACCAAAUAAGCCCCCCUGCCGGACCUUCGCGGGUCUAAAGAUAGCCCGCGGCGCCCCAGGAGUCACAUUUCGGUAUAGCUGCAUCUCUCCGACAGAGUCCAGUUAUACUGAUCUUCACGUCGAGUGGACUACGACCCGAAAAUGAAGGCCGCAGUUAUUUUUCUGGCUCUGGCCGUCUGCGUCCACGCGGACAUGUACUUCCACAACCCAAGGGGAAGUAACAAUCGUUUAGACGAGGCAAAGAGGGAAAGGAACAACGCCAACAGGAUGUUUGACUCUCAGAACAACAACCGUGGAGGCUACAACGUGGGGAGUCUGUAUUACUACACGGGCUCAGUUCUCUCUCUGGAGUGGACCAACCAACACUCGUGUGCUGACCCCAACAACCACUGCGAGCAGAUCGUCCAGUACACGUGCGGCGACCUGGUUCGCGACGGGGCAACCACUCAGACGAUUCCAGAUAAUCCGGUCAACUGUGUAGAUUAUGACUGCAACAAUGAUAUAGAGUAUGGGAUGCACGAGAACUACGACUAUUACCUCGACUGCCGACUGCGUCAGCGCAACGCCGGACUCUUCAUAGCUGACAGGAACCUGCGAGGCAAAACUGCUCUGUUCACACGUCAGAACGGGAACGGGAACCGCCGCGGUUACGAGUGUCCCGAGGAGAGAGACUACUACCCCUACUGGCACCCAACCCCCUGGAGGGAUGUCGUAAUCUUCACCAACGAUGCGUCUCGCUGUCCGUACUACCAGUCAGAGAGCCAGAACGUCAAGUCUCGUUUUGCCUGUGUCCUGCCUCCUAGCUUCCUCACCACGGAUAACAUCCGCAGUAACAAACCUAUCAUUCCCAACACCCAGGAGGGGUGUGAGGAAGUUGUGUCUGCAGAAGGAAACGGAACCUGGACCGAGUUCCCUCCCGAUUCCCGCCUCUCUGCUCCCGAGUGCAUUGAGACCCUGUGGAGCCGAGAUAAUCACCUUGGCAAUACGAUCGGGGGCUUCCCCAUCAGUUACAACUGGACCAUCCCCGACUUGACCCACGAGCACUGUGUCCUGAGAAUCAGGUACAACAUCUCCACGGGAGAGUACGACGGGUGGGACAGUGCAGUCAACUCCAGCAUCGGGAGAACCGUAGAUAGUGUUCUUAACGGAGCAACGGUUGCUGGGCAAGGCUCUCCACUUGAACGCAGGCUAUUCUCCGAACUCACUGAUGUCUACGAGAGGUUUGGCUUCACCUAUGAUGAAGCUAGAGAGAGAGGGUAUGUGUUCAGGCAGAACCCAGUGGUGAAGGUUUUCCCUGACGUGAACGAAGACUCAAACAACUUUGGUCUCCAGCUUGCCAUCAACACCAACCAGUUUGGACGGACCUUCCAAGACAGGUCGCAUACGUUUGCCAUUCGUGCUCGUCCGGAGGAUCUCCAAGACGUCAAGAUCCACAACCUGAACGUGCGGGGUAAACGGGGUAACAUUGUCCAGGUGUACCCCGGAGUGGAGUACGACUUUGUCCCCAAUCGGGUGGAGAUGGCUGUCGAUGACUACAUUCACAUUCAGUGGACUGGCUCUAACACAAACCCGAACAACAACGACGGACAGGGGCGUGAUGGGACCGACCGAUCCAACGUAGUUAUGCUCCGCCCCCCAAACUACCCCGAGGGGGACGGCUCCGCAGGGACGGCUUCUGGCCACUGGGGUAACUCCUACCCCGCCCAUCUCGACGACAACACGACGUCGUUGCUCGGACUCAGCCGUGAAGACAGACAGAACCUGGCAACCCUUCUCAAUAUGCAACUAGGAGGAGAGAUGUCGGAACUGGACGAUGCGGGAACGUACUAUGACCUUGGUCCUCGCAAGGUGACUCGAUCGGGGACCUACUACUUCAUGUGCUCCCGGAACAACAAUUUCUCCAACCGCAGUCAGAAGGGAGUGAUCAUCGUGACCGAGACUGCCACGUCGCAGAAGAGGAUCGGUUGGAGCGGAGGCACUGUUGAACUGAAUGGGCACACCCUAGAGUUCCCGCAAGCUGCCCUGUCUACCGCAGGACAAUACAGCAUAGAGGAGUUCACCGACAAAGACCAACUCGAGGCAAUGACCGGCGUUCGUGCGGUAUCAAACGGCGGCGAGACCGUGUCCUCGUACAUCCUGGUGAGCCCGGCCACUCAGUUCGACUCUCAGAACGGAGGGAUGGCGAAAAUUGUAAUUCCCGUCGACACGAGCGUUGCGUCGGGUGACGUAACCAUCAUGAGGGCCAACGCUGCGUCAAGAUGGGAGUACGUCGACUUGGACACGCGAGUCGAGGAAAACAUGGCGGAAGCCGACACUUCGUCCGGAGGAGUCUUCGUUGUAAACAGUCAGAUAAACAGCGGACUGAUUGCUGGGGUGGUCGUCGCCGCAUUUGUCCUCCUGGUGAUCGGUAUCGCAUUUGGCGGACUUGUCGUCUAUUUCGUUGUGCGGCGAGACAAGUGGCAGAAGGCCAAAGACAACACACGAAAGUUCAAGCAAAAGGUCACGCGAAGCUUCGCCAGGCAAGUGUGAAAGGCUGUUCUCCGUCGUACAACCUCACUGAACUCUUUUAGACUUUGACACUCUAUAUGUUGAUUUUAUAUGCAUGUAUGUAGUUUGAACCGCAGGACGGAUUAUAAGAUGAAAUGAGAGAACAUAAGCGCAGUAAAAAAAUUACAAAGAGUGUAAAAUUAUAAAAGAUGUUUUAUUGUUGGUCACCUCUGUCUUUAGGUACAUAGUUUGAAGAGGUGAGAAAUGUUGUAGAAGCAAUGUCCACGUUGUUCUCCUCGACCUCCUUCUUGAUCCUGGAGAGCUCUUCGUGAAAGUAGGCUACGGGAUCCUCGGGUUGAUGUACUACUACAUGAGAAAACACAACCUGAAAUAUUUCCCGCAGUUUUAUUCUCGACAGGUAGUCUUCCACUUCUUUUUGCUGCGAGUUUCCUCCGCCUCUCCCUCCUGCUGCUCCGGAAGAAGCCAUGUUUUGGUGGUGUUUUCCAAAUGGAGCGCACCAACUUCACCA